AUGGCAGUCCUCAGUUUCCCACCGGAGCCGGCUGCGGCGGUGGCCAAGAAACAACUGUCCGAGCGCAAGAAAAAGCACCAGAAGAAUAAUCAGACGUCGUCUUCUUCAUGGAACCAAAUCAAGAACUUGCUCAGUUGCAAACAAAUCCAAGAUUCAAAAAUUCACGAUCCUUCAAAGAAUAACACUGCAACUUUGUUGGGCUCUUCCUGCAGUUCUAUCUGUCCAUUUGGAGAUAUUGUUCAUGGCAACACAAGGGUCGUUCACAGGGCCGAUAACUCGCCGGGGCAAGAAACGUGGCUUUUGAGCAAGAAAAGUAGCAAUUGGUCUUCUUCCUCUUCAAGGUCAAUUUCUAGUUCAGUGAGAUCAAGUGGUGGUGGUGGUGGUGCAACAUAUAUAGCAGGCUCAUCCAGAGGCAUGCAAUUCAGGAAGCUUUCUGGGUGUUAUGAGUGUCACUCCAUUGUUGAUCCUACCAGGUAUCCGUUGCCAAGAACAACUAUAUGUGCUUGCUCAGAAUGUGGAGAGGUGUUCCAAAAAAUUGAAAGCUUGGAACAUCAUCAAGCCAUUAGGCACGCAGUUUCUGAAAUCGGUCAAGAAGAUUCAAGCCGCAACAUAGUGGAGAUUAUCUUCACAUCAAGUUGGCUCAAGAAGGAUAAAUCGAUCUGCAACAUUGAGCGAAUAUUAAAAGUACACAAUACUCAACGAACAAUCCAACAGUUCGAGGACAGUAGGGAUGCAGUUAAAAUACGUGCAAAUAGCAAUACCAAGAAAAACCCUCGGUGUGCUGCAGAUGGGAAUGAGUUGUUAAGGUUUUACUGUGCAACACUCAUAUGCUCGCUUGGCACACGUGGCUCAACUAGGUUGUGCGGAUCCUUUCCAGAUUGUGGAGUUUGCACUAUCAUCCGACAUGGCUUUCAAGGAAACAAGGUGAGUGGGAUCCGCACAACUGCUGGUAGUGGGAGGGCCCACGAUUGCCUUGGUCAUGGGGACGUGCGAAGGGCAAUGCUUGUGUGUCGUGUAAUAGCUGGAAGAGUCAAGCAAGUAGUAAACAAUGCAACACUUGAAGAAGAAGGAAUUGGCAUGUCGCCUGCUCGCUCUUAUGAUUCUGUAUCUGGAUCCGUUGCAGCUCCAUUACCUGCAAAGUCUCCGGUACAGAAUCUUGCCAGUUAUUAUGGUAUGAUCCUUGAUGCUGCGAGAGCUAGAACAUUUUGCAUUGAAGGACUCUUGGCUUGCUCGACCGUCAUAUUUACUGUCGUGCAUCAUAAGAGAGGUUUGUGUAGUAUGAAAAGAGCAGGGGUAGAUGAUUCCUCUGGUUUGUGUCCCCCUGUUUCUGAUGCAGAAUUGCAUGUUUUCCCAUCUUUAUCCGUGAGGACUGAGCAAAAAUGUCCAUCCUCAGAAGUUCACUCGACCCCAGAAAUUGAGAAGAAGUAUGUUCAUCGCGUUUAUGAUGCAAUUGCUCCCCAUUUUAGUUCUACUAGGUUUGCAAAAUGGCCCAAAGUGCAAAUGUUCUUAAACUCUUUGCCUAGAGGAUCGCUCGUCUUAGAUGCAGGAUGCGGAAAUGGGAAAUACUUGGGCUUGAAUCCAGAUUGCUAUUUCAUUGGUUGUGAUAUUAGUCCUCCUCUUGUCAAAAUAUCUGCAGAUAAAGGGCAUGAAGUUUUAGUUGCUGAUGCCGUAAAUCUUCCUUACCGAACUGGUUACAGCGAUGCUGCAAUUUCCAUUGCUGUGUUACAUCACCUGAGCACGGAAAGCAGGAGGAGGAAAGCAGUAGAUGAAUUAAUUCGUGUUGUUAAAACAGGCGGCCUUGUCCUAAUUACAGUUUGGGCUAGGGAACAAGAAGAUAGAUCAUUGAUUAACAAAUGGACUCCGCUUACUCAAAAGUAUUUAGAGGAGUGGAUAGGUCCUGGUAGCCCUCGAGUUCGCAAUUUAUCAUCUACAUUCGCUCUAGAAAGCAUCCCUGAAAUUGUGGAAAAUGGACCUGGGGAGCAGUCAAACGAUUUUCCUGCCAAAUCUUCAGAUGUUGCAUCACAUGAAAUUGUGCAAUCGAACUCUAGACAUGGAGAUCAGUCAUUGGCUUCUAAAACUGAAGAGGACUGUGCAUCCCAGCAGGAAUAUUUUGUUCCUUGGCACUUACCUUAUCAUCGAGCUGAAGUGAGUGGAGCUUCUGCCAGUGCUUUAGCUAAUGGUCUGGCUAGGAAAGAUGAUAAGAAGGGCGCGGUGGUGUACAGUAGAUAUUAUCAUGUUUUCAGUGAAGGUGAACUUGAAAGGUUAGUGUCUAGAGUGAACGGUGCGGUCAUUGUUGACAGAUUUUAUGACAAAUCAAAUUGCCUUCAAAAAGGUAUUACAGAUGAGGGAAUUGAGGCUAUCGAAGUGAGGCCACGUGGAGGCGUAUUUGCCGUUGGAUUGAAAUACCUUAGUCUUCUCGAUCUUGUACUUCUUCUUGAUUGUGUCGACGCGAUUUUUGCACUGAAUGUCGGUACGGUAGAGCUUCUUCGAGUGCGCGUUGACAGAGUCAACCACUUCUUGCCAGUGCCUCUGCCGGAGAUUACCAUGGUUAAGCUCCAGGUAGUGGGACCCCCAUGCCUUAAUGAGCGUCAAGGUCACCUUCUCCGACUAGCAAUCCUCUCGGACGAGGAACGCGAGGGCCCGGACAGAGGUGGGACACUCCAAUUUCGGAGCCUCCGGUGA